AUGUUUGGUCCUUGUUUUCCUCGAAGUGAGUCGGUUCUUACUUCUUAUACUAACAUCUUAAGUCCCCUAAGCCCUGAGCUGCAUAGCUUCGGGACGGAUGAGUAUGAAACUGAAAACUCAGAGAGGAAUGAUUUAGAUCAAGAUAAAAUUGAGCAUGAUGCAUCUACUAUCAGAGAUCACAGUUCGGAACAUUCUAUUCUAUUAACUCAGGAAAAUGAAGAACGGGAAAAUAACAAUGUUCCAGGAUCGAAUGCGGAACCUUUGUGUUUUCCUAUUUUUAGCUGGACUCUAAUAUCAGUUGGCAUAGGUAUGCUAAUGGUAAUACUCCUACUUUUUGUGCAGCUUGCCCUCGCUGUUGGGAGAGAGAUACAUCAACAAACAUCGCAACUAUUUUCUUCUUGUGAUAUCCCUAAUCAAUAGUUUGAAAUAUAGAUAUAUAAAUAAAUUUUAUAACAUUUGUUU